AUGCGUGUAUUCAAGAAUGUCAUAUUGAAUGCAAUUUCUGUGACCGCGGCGAUACCGAAUGUGAACAUCAACCAACAAGACAAUCCAGGUAUUGAACAAGUUCUUGAAUCAUUAUCAUUACCCAAUUUGUUAACCAUUGAUAGUAUAUCGCGUAUAUCCAACUACGAAACUAGCAGUGUUAUCUUUGAUCAAGGAAGACUAUUGAUGAAUAAGCAAGGUGCGCUUUUCUCAAAGUCUUUUAUCCCUUCGAAAGAAUUUACAGCAGAAAUUGUAUUUAGAUCAUCGGGUAAAUCACAAGAUAUACAAUUUUCAGAUAAUGGAUUGAAUAUAUGGCUCUUGGAUGACAGAAAGAGUCAAAGCUUGGACCAGUACGAUGGAUUCAAAUUUGCAAUCAAUAAUGUGGAUAUACAAGGUUUGAAAAUUUUCAAUAACGAUGGAACCAACAAUGUUGACAACGGGCUUGAUGUCAGUAUUGGUGAUUGUCAAUUUAGAUAUUUGGAAAGCGAUGUUCCUUUUACAUUGAGAAUAUCCUAUAGUGAUAAGUGGUUCAAAGUACAAGUAGAUAACAACCUAUGUUUCAAAACUGACAAAAUCAAGUUGCCUCAAAAUCAAAACUUCAAAUUGGGAGUAACUAGCAACACAAACUCACAAUCUCAAGAAACUUUCGAAAUUUUGGCUAUCAAGGUAUGGGAUAAAUUGACUGAAGAUGCUCUUGAUGAUCAUGGAUUAAUGGUUGAGGGCGAGUUGAAGGUAGAUGUCAAGAAGAUCGUUGACGGAUCGCAACAAAUUCAAGACGAAGAUCAUGUAAAACCAAGAGUAAUUAGGGAGUCCUUGAUGGAAAGAGCAAGAAAGCAUAGGGAAGAAAUGGAAAGGGCUCAAAAUCUGGACAUUUCAAACAUUGGUAGUCAAAAUAACGAUUUUCUGUUGAUUCUUGAUAAGUUGAACCAUUUGGAGUACUUGGUGAAUGACUUGCCGAACAGUUAUAACCCAUCUUCUCAAGGUACUAAAAAUGAUCAGGUUGGUGGUGCAUUAUCUCAGUCUCAAAAUGAUAUUACCAACGCUAUCAAAGAGACACGUGACACAAUCAAUGGUUUGAAAGAGACAUUUGUACAACAGUAUGCUCAGCUACUUCAAGCGGUGUCAGAUCUCAAUCACAAAGUUAUUGGUGAAGUCAGAGAGCAGCAUUACGGCAUGGAGGAGAUUGGGAAAAAAGUUGACUUGUUAAUGAGCGAACACAAAGAAGUUCAACAUCAAUACAAAAAACAGAGUGAACAAAUGGGUCAAAAAUCAGCCCAUGUUGUGUCUCCGUCAGACUCAACCUUUGAUAAGUUGAUCAAAUGGAUUUUGAUUCCCUUGAUGAUAGUUUUACUUGCGUUGGUUGUGUUUGUUUAUCGUCUCAGGCAUGAUAUCAAACACUCAAAACUUUUAUAG